GCUUGAAGAAGAGGGAGACAGACAGUACAUUGCAGCGAGCGUUCUUGUUUGGAUGUGUGCUUCUUAUUUCUGUUAGGAAAAAAACAAACGACAACACUUGCCUAAAACGUGACAAAGGCGAAGAAGAAUACCCCACGAAGUGUUUUCUUUUCCAUUCUUCUUAUUUUUAUUUUUCGUUCGAGUUGGUGCCCUUUCUCCGUCAGGCUGGAUUCCGCAAAGGAAAACUUCUUCUCGGUGUUCAAGCGGAGAAUGUGGAUUACUGAUAAGGGUAACGGCGGCAGCAGCAGCAGCGGCAGCGGGAGCGGCAACAGCCACGCGCCCCACAAAGACCAGAUCUUUGCCGACCUCUACAAUGAGUGCAAGAACAUCGCCCCCGGCGCUAGGCUCUCCUACAUGUUGCGGACCAGGCUAGAUCGCUUCCAGAGGGCGGAGCGCACCGAGAUCGUCUCCAGGACCAAGGACGGCUGCGCCCCCCUCUUCGUCGCCUGCAAGCGAGGCAACGUCGAGGUCGUCGACUACCUCAUCACCUUCUGCGACGCCGACGUGGAGCAGCGCGGCCUCUACGAGGUGCCCGACGACAGGUCCAUCCACAACGUGACGCCCCUGUGGUGUGCCGCCGUCGCCGGGAGGCUGUCGGUGGUCAGGUGCCUAGUGGAGCGAGGGGCGGACGUCAACAGCGUCUCCGACACGGGCUCGACCCCCGUCAGGAGCGCGUGCUUUAUGACCCACCUGGACAUCGUGACCUACCUGGUAGAGAACGGCGCCGACAUCGCCAAGCCCAACUACAAUGGGGGGACCUGCCUCAUCAACUCUGUCCAGAGUGUGAAGCUCUGUGAAUACCUCCUGAAGAACGGGGCCGACGUCAACGCCCAGGACAUCCAGAACAAGACGGCCCUCCACUACGCCAUCCAGGAGCACCGCUUUGAGACAACCAAGCUGCUCCUUGAGCACGGGGCCAACCCCCACCUCACCAGCAGGUACAACGAUGAUGCUUUACAGACUGCCUGCAUUAAGGGUGCUUGCCAGAUAUUUGAGCACCUGGUUCACGCCAUUCCGUACCCACCAGAGAGGAUCGCUGACGGGUACGAGCUUCUGGGCACGACGUUCCUUGAUGAACACCACGACAUACAGGCCGCCCUACAGCACUGGUGGAAGGCAAUGCACAUUCGCAAUGCGGCAGGCAUCACCAAGCGCGUCUUGCCUGCCAGAAAGACGUAUCAGUAUGCCGUCGAGUUCAAGAACGCGGACGAGCUGGAGUUGAUUGCGAUUGACUUGAACGCCAUGAGGACACAGUCCCUCCUGAUCUGUGAGCGCAUACUCGGCACUGCGCACAAGGACAUGAUCUUCCGACUAAUGUACCGAGGGGCAGCUUACGCCGAUUCCCUGCAGUACCAGAACUGCAUCGACCUUUGGUUGUAUGUCUUCGAGUUGAGAAUCCAGCGUGACACCAUAUUAUUUAACGAAACAUGUUUCACAGCUCAGGCACUAGUCCGUCUCUAUUUAGACAUGAUGGACAAACACAACGCAGGUGUCAUGCCCAACACUGUCAGUUUUGAUGAUGCCUUCCGUACACUCUCUCUUCUUGCCGCACAGUUCCCAGAGUCCAUGAAGCUGCUGCGGAUACAGCCAGUCCACAAGAAACAUCAGAGCAACUUCGACCACAUGCUGAAAGUCCUCACCCACAUGAUCUUCGUCAUCCUCCACAUACCGCGGACAGAUGUGCAGGACCGGGCGGUAUUCUCCCUUGUGUCUGACACCUUACGUCUUGACCCCAGGACCUGUCAAGGCGGGCAUUCGCUCCUCCACCUGGCCGCCAUGAAGACCAAUGUCCUUACAAAUCACUCGUUGCUUGAGGACGAGCACAUGACUCCGUUUCCUUCGGUCUCUGUAGUGUCAUACCUCCUCUCGUGUGGAGCUAAUGUGAACGCCACUAACGACAAGGGAUCGUCACCUCUCUUCAUGGCAUCUCAGGAUAUUCUGUUUAAGCAGGAGAUCGUCGAAGUCCUACUGGAGGCGGGAGCUCACGUCGACCAAGUGACCUCCCUCGGGGAACGGCCCAGCACCUUCCUGCGGCAGAACUCGAAGUGCCACAUAAACAUACUGAACUACACCACCUUGAAGUGUCUGGCAGCACGAGUUAUCCAACAGUACAGGAUCCCCUACAGUGGGGAAGUUCCGACACACCUGGAGUCCUUCAUCCGUAUGCAUUAAGUGUCAUCAUUGUGAUAAAUGGUCUUAUUCAAUCGCUCAACUCCCCUCCUCCUACUGCUGUAAGACGAAAGGAAGGCAACUGUGGGUAGAAUACACAAAUGACCUUGACUUGACCUCAUAUGCAGGUUGUCUUCUGUCUGUCUGUCUGUCUGUCUGUCUGUCUGUCUGUCCUCCUCUUGGUUUCCCUAUGUGAAUCGGAAGUGACUUCUGGGCAGUGAUAAGUUUGGAGGUGGAAGUAUGGCACAAGAACAAAAUCCACUUUUGUCAGGGUUUACAUGUAUGUAGAAGAUAGGUACUUUUCCUCAAAAAUUAUUUUGUAAGUAAUGGAUGAUUACUUAUUGAAUUAUUGAAAGUACAAGUAUUUGUUUACAUGAGUACAUUAAGAAAAUUAAUGUAUUUGUCUAUAUGAAUACAAUACGAGUGUUUAUGCAUGUUCCUAUGGAGGGAUCCCCCAUGUGAAGAUUAAAACAAAGGACAUGGGAAGUAGAUGGACAAAAGUUCGGUGACUGAGUGCAAAGAAUAUUAAUUUAAGUGCACUUUGACCCACAUCAAUACAAAUGCUGUCCUCGACAUCUGUGUGUAUCCUAUUGUCCUUCCCUCAUCCUGUAGUGUCGAGUACAUCACAGAUAGCAAGUUAUUUCUUCCAUGACCAAAGAAAUGCAGCACUGGAUGCUGUCUUAACAAUAUCACUGCCACGAAACAGGUGGUUUGGUUUGGGGAAAGAGAGGUUUUCUUUUAUUAUCCUGAAGGUAAUAAAAAGGUUGCGUGUCUGCUUUUCUCCCAUAGAGGUGCGAAUCACUGCAUUAAGUUAUUUUCAGUAUUGGUUGUAUGAUGGAAUUGCAAAAUGGGUGUCUUUUGAGUUUAAGCUAAUGUGUGAUAAGGUACUAUAUAUAUACAGUAUAUAUAUAUAUAU